AGCAUCUCAUUACCUCUUCAUAUAGCAGGAUGUUGCAAUACUUCGGAUUGUUCUCGGUCUGUGUUAUUGAAAGAUUUUCCUUUCAAAGAUACCGCAGAGGGUCGGUAUCAGCGGUAUCUUUCUGAACGGCAGUAACUAUUGUCCAGGCUUGAAUGCCGCUGAGUUGGAAGGUCCUUCUCGCCUUCGAACGCCAUGGUGGUCGGACUCGGAGGAACCAACCACAAAGCCCCUGUUAUCCCAUCCGAUCGGAUCAAGAUCCGUACUCCCGGUAUAAAUGCAUCAAUUAGACCCUCCUUUCCUCUACCAUCAUCGCAUCUCCCACAUCGUAAAUCAUGGGUGUUACUAUCGAGACUAUUACCCCCGGCGACGGUAAGAACUUUCCCCAGAAAGGCGAUAAGGUGACAAUACACUACGUUGGAACUCUUACCGAUGGGACCAAGUUUGAUUCGAGUCGGGAUCGUGGCGAGGCGUUCGUGACUGACAUUGGAGUUGGAAAGGUUAUCAAGGGAUGGGAUGAGGGUGUCCCCCAAUUGUCGCUUGGACAGAAGGCUAUCUUGACCGCGACAGCCGAUUAUGCCUACGGAUCCCGUGGAUUCCACCCCAUCAUCCCACCAAAUGCUACUCUCCGAUUUGAAGUCGAGCUCUUGAAGAUUAACUGAAGACCAUGUUGUACUUUAUAUGGAUGCGGGCAGCCAAUGUCCCGUUUGUGCGACUAUUAUACUGUGUUUUAGCCCCAACUGUAAAAAUACUGGAUGAACAAUUGCCUACAACGUGUCGAUGUGCUAAUCGAUGGAUGGGCUGUUACUUAUCGAUGCAUCGACGUGAACGAUCGUUCUUGGUAUCGAUAACGCGUUACGCCGGUGCCUUGCUUAAUUUAUUUAUAUUGCGUCGCCGGAACCGCUAUUAUUGGAACAGACAUACCACAGAGCAAGAGACAGGGGGGGGGGGCGGCUAAGUUUCCUAACGAUUUAUUAUUUUCAACCUACGGGUCGAUGUAAAUGAAUUCUCCUUACGGUUUAAACGCCGGGCACGUAGAAUUUUGCUUCAAAUG